UGGUAAUCCGCCGCGAUGCACAUCCAUGACCCAUGGGCUACAUCCAUGUCAAGAGCCCUAAUUCUCUUGCCACCGCCGCGAUGUCGCCUCCUCCCGCGAGCGUCGCUGAGGAAGGGGGGCAAAUUCAUCGUCACGACGGACAAGCGAGUGAUCAACGUAAGCGAGCUCGGCGCUCUUCUAGCUGCGACAGGUCAGAAUUGCCACCAGUUUCCACAGAUUGCCGGCGAUGGACGCGUCUCCAGGGUUGACGAUGCGAAGCUCCAGAGGGCUCUGGAUUUCAGCGACAUCGCGGUGGCGAUCUACGUCAAAGGCCGAUCAGUCCCUGGCGGUGAUUAUAUGGAAAGGACGUGGAGCGAAGCUAGGGAAGGAGUUUGGGACCGUCUAAACUCCGACAAAGCUCCCAAGUGCUUGGUAGCGUUUGGUCGUGCGGUGUCUGAUAAAACACUGGCUGGAUCCAUCCACGACUUGGCGGUUGCUCCUUCGAUGCAAAGGCAAGGGCUUGGGCGUCAUGUUUUGCAGCGGCUAGCACGUUAUAUGUACUACACACUGGACAUUGCAGACAUCUCAGUGCUCACUCGACCUGAAAACAUGCCUUUCUUCGCAAGUUGUGGCUUCAAGCCAGACGCGCUGUGCUCCACCUCUAUGCUGUACACAAAGACGCCACCCGUGAACUCCAAAACUUACCAUGAAGCUACCCGUGCGGGGAAAAUGACCCUGCUCGUUCCAGCUCCUUCUGUCAAGGCAAGCUUUACCGCGUUCUAAAUCAUUCUCUCGAGCUAAAGUUCGAUCGGCCGAUGCUCUCUCGCCGAGAUUGUUGAUACUCUUUCAAGUUUUUCCAGGACUCACUUCGAAGUUUUACUGCCAGCCUGAAGGGAUGAGAUGGAAAAAAAUAAAGUGUAAUACAAGGACCGAUUAAAGGUAUAUAUGGAAUCUC